GAUGUCGUGAUUGUCGCUCCCCCCACACAAGGUCAGCACUGUACCUGGAUUGGCUGGGGAGUUGGCGGCUUGGCGGCAGCACCUGCCCGGCUCCGGUUUGGAGAGCGUGAAUAUUCGGAACAAACACUGACGUAGGGCUCUUUCUUUUUUCCCCAACUAUCGCUGCGAUACCUCUCGCGCUCAUGAGCCUGCAUCUGCCAUGGGCCUCACUCUAGGAAAGGGUGCGACGGCUCUUUGCAGGGCCAAUGGCCGUAUUUCAUGUCCGCGUCACGCUCGGCUGCACAGGAUAAGAAGCAUCCAGAUCAAAGCCGCACCACUGGGGGAGUCAACCACCGUCAAUGGGGUCGAUCUGCCCAUCUCCGGAACCCCAGGCAGUGCUGUCUCCGCUGAUGCCAAAUUCCACGUCGUCGGUACACCGUCCUCCUUGCUUUCGGUUUCUCUAUCCGCCUCGCAGAACCUCUACACGCGAAGAGGUACGCUUGUUGGACUGAGUGGGAAACCAGAAAAUGUUAUUUCGACGUUGAGCGUCCUAGAGCCUUUUCGAAGGGCCGUUGUCGGCAUCCCGUUUCUUUAUCAGAAGAUAUCUUCUCCGACCGCCGUCAAGGCUUUGGUAUCGGUUCAAUCGCCUAUUACAUCGUUCUCCGUAAUUCACCUCAAUGGAACAGUUGACUGGAUGAUAGCUCAAAGAGGAGCUCUGCUUGCAUGGACAGGUCACUCGCUAUCUAUCAGGCCGAGGAUUAACACAAAUCUGAGCGUGGUGCAUUGGGGAAGCUCAGAGGUUACAGGCCGGGGGCUACUUGCUCUUGUUGGCAGGGGCCAGGUGUACUCAGUGGACUUGAAGGCAGGCGAGCGGUAUAUUGCUCAUCCUAGCAAUGUCCUUGCAUACACAGUAUCAUCCAAUCCACCUCAACCUUACCGUUUCAAAUCGACUUCAUUACGUUUUCAAGUUCCCGGGGUGCACUUCCCAGAGUUUCUUCUCAAAUCACGGUAUCUCCGCGACUUGACCGCCUCAGAUACCUGGAAGGCGUCAAUGAAGAUUCUCCACAACGUUCGGACAUGGGCACGAAGAACAAUCUGGGGUGAUAGGCUAUUCUUGCAAUUUGAUGGUCCAGCAACUCUUCUCAUUCAGACUCGCGCUGCUCGAGUACGGGAUAUUCUAAGCGACAACGAAGUCAACGAAAUAGCUGACACACCACCUGGGGCCACAUUCAACGCGUUCAACAAACUCGAAUAUGGAAAGGACCAUCAGGAGAAAGGUGAUUAUCAGAAAGCCGCGGAAGAAGCUGUGUCGCGAGCUCCAGUCCCGUCCAGGACAGUUGAUCAAUUAACCCAGGAAAUCAAGGGUGUCAGCCAAAGUAUUGCUACUAUUCGUGAUGGCAAAGUUGAAUUUGAAAAGCUAGAAGCGAAAUCAGAAGCUGCCAAGGCCCAAUAACUACAUCCUAUCUCAACCGACUCUACUAUCUUACUCUCCUAUGUGACUCAUUGCGGGCCAGGCUGGCCCGUUGAAUACAAUCUUGAGCAUCUCUCUCCACUGCCUUUGUUGGAAUUAAAUGCAUGGUUAUGUACCCAUAGAAUUGACCUAGAGAGUAUUUGCAGUAUCAUGUACUAUACAAAAUUCAGUUUUCAAACGAAACAAAUCUACAUCGAACACAUUCAAAUACCGUA